AGAUGACAUAUGUUAAUUUUUAUUACAAAACUGUCAAAAGAUUUGCUGUAAAUAAUAAUAAUAGCAUUAUAAAUAUACUGUAAGUUAAAAUAUAUAUUCUACAAGAUAUAUAAUUUAAUCCUUCAAGCAUGGACAUAGCGUCAACUAUUGUUAUUUAAGAAAUGGAAAACCGAAAGUAAACAAGAAACAAAAUCUGUGAUAACUGUAUUGAAACUACAGUAAAUGGGAUUUGGAUAGAGAUACCAAUUUCAAGAUCUAUUUCUUAUCACGAAAUUAAAAAAUAGCUACAAUAAUGCCAAGACAUAGAGAUGUCCCGUCUCUAGAGCUACUGAGCCUGAAGAGUAUAGGUUGCCUUGUCGUGCAAAUGGCGCCUUCAAUUCUAUCUAAAAUAUCUAUAUACAAGGAACCUCAGAAGGUGGUAUCUAUUCUUCAAAAGAAUCUAUCAUGGUUGAAUAAUCAUCUGUCUUCGCAUAUUCCUUUUUAUCUCUACGAUCAAAUGGCUAUGGAAGUUUUGAAAGCUGUGGAAGCGCUGGUAGAAGAAACAAAGAAAUCUUAUUAUCCUCGUACUUCAAUGGCGAGAUUUUUAACUGAAAUGAAUGUAGCUGUGAGUCUAACUGAAGUUGUUGUGAAUCAUUAUUUGAAAAGUGUUGAUUUGUCUCGGUGGCCUAAAAUAAUGAGAUAUAUGUUAUAUAAAAAAUUACAUAAAUUAACGGGAUUAGAAAAUCUGUAUAUAGGAUCUUGCUUAGGUGGUUGGAGAACAUCAGAAUUCGAUAGGUGUUUACUGGAUAGUAUAUCACAAAUGAAACAUUUAAAAUCCCUUUGUUUGUGCUUCGAUGGUACAGACUUUACUGUCCAAACUGUAGGUGAAAAUUGUCUCCAGAUUCAAUGUUUAGAUCUAACUUCUUCUAUCGCAGUAACUGAUAGAUGUAUACCGUUUUUACUGAAAUGUGUUAACUUGAAAGAAUUGCAAUUACAUCGAACUUCUGUAACCACGGAAGGAUUAGCCCAGCUUAUCGUUGGGCUUCCGAAAUUGCAAGAUUUGGGACGUUGCGAUGAUUUUGGGAAUGUUAUCAAACAUUUACACCAUAAAUAUCCGAACGAAGGACCUUUUGCACUCAAAAAAAUCCAAACUAGAGACAUCACCACUGAAAAUUUGAGAUUAUUAGUGUGGAUGUUUCCGAAAAUUGAAUAUGUUAGUUUAUUUCAUGAUGUACAGAUAUCAGAUUUGACUGUUUUAAUUUCAUUAGACCACCUUAAAGAUUUGAAAUUAUUGUCGUGUGCUUUUUAUAGUGAUUAUUUACAACAAUUAUUGGAAAUCAGAGGUACAAAUAUAACUAGUCUUCAUUUAGAACACGUAGAAGAAUUGGACUUCAAAGUUUUAGUUGAUAUUAGUCAAUAUUGUCCAAAAUUGAAAAACUUGGUAUGUUAUAAUUGCGAUUUCCGAAAUAGUCCCAUACCAAACCAGAAGUUUAAAGUACAUCCAUUCUUAAAUUUGGAAAGGAUAUUUUGGGUAGUCGACAGUGCUGUCAGUCAUUUGGAAUUCAUACUUAAUCAUGCUUAUCACAUAAAGUAUAUCCAUCUGGGUUCUUCGAAUGGAAUUACACAUUCUUCUAUUGUAAAUAUACUGACUGUGAAUUCAAUGAAAAAACUUGAAGAACUGCGAGUUUUAUACAGCAGCGAUAUGAAUAUGAGGACUGUUGAAUUAUUGUUAGCCAGUUGUACCAAUUUGAAAGUUUUAUCUGAAUUAGAAAGUUGGCAGGGUAUAACUAUCGAUGAACUGGAAACGUUUAAAAAAUACAUAAUAACGAAUAAUUUCGAUUUAGAUAUAAGACCAACGUUAUCUUUUACUAUUUGAUUUAUUUCUUGAAAAAUUUUUGAAUUAAGUGAGGGAUUUUUCGACAGAUUUGUAUUCGAAGAUAUGACAUUCAUUGUUUUUAUCCAGUAUUUGUGCAAAUAUAUUUGUGCAAAAAAAA